AUUCGCCGACGGGCGACACGCAGGAGGAUGGAGAACCUGUAGUCUCGUUUUAAGGCCUGAUGUUCUGAGUCUUUAGGCAACUAAUUUGUUUAGACUGAGGCCGGCCACCCGUACGGAGAUUUUUGGAUGGAUUUUUCGCAACACGUGUAGCGACUGGAUACCUACUUGACCGCCUUCUACUUCGGCCUCUACUUUGGCCUUUAGGCCACUCCGGCCUUUGGGUCAAGUUGGAGUCGUCUGCGAAUAUGCCCUUAACCCAAUUUUACGUGUAGCGUGCAUACCCCCUUAAGACUCGAUCUGGAUCGACGUGUCUCGCCCUGCUUAUGUGCCGCUAUUUGGCGGUUAUUGAUUAAUUCGUUCAAGUAGCCCGUCGUGACCAAUUUGAACUGACGCUACACGAGCCAGAAAACUAGAUAUGUUAAAGCGUGUCUCGAGCCUGUUGGGAGACGCAAUCAGUACGUAUUAGUUUCCAACCUCCAACUCGAAUCCGAAGCGUCUAGAGCGGUUUAUAUAUCCGAUAAACCCCAUCCGACCUCAACCCAUUCACAUAUAACCUGGCUCUAACUCACGAGAAGUAAAACCAAUGGUUCCGAAGAUGGCAAAGAAGAAGAAGAGGGGACAAUUGCGCCAACCUCCCGACCCGAACCAGCUUAGCAAUCAAGUUCGUCCGUCUACCCCAGCCAGCACAGUCGAGCCUGUGAAGCCAGUCGAACCCGUGAGGCCUGUCGAGCCUGUCAAGCCCGUCGAGCCGGUAAAGCCUUUCGAUCCGGUGAAAUCCCCCAGUCCAGUUCCCAGCGUGAUCAAGCCACCUAGUCCGGCGGUCAGCUCGGUUGGCCCGUUCCAUAAUUUUAGAGACGAAGAACGACUGCCGAGUCCACCGGUCGACGUACCAGAGGAUUGGUCAAAGGAGGUUACAGACGAGAACAAUGUCGACGAUGUCGCAGAAGAAACUGUCAAAGACUGGCCCUAUGGCACUGAUGACAAAGAAAGUCAAGUCCAUUUUUUCGACUCGAGCCUUACGCGGCUAUCUUUCGAGGACAGCGAGCGUAACACUUCCGAGGUACUAGCUACCGAUUUCAACGCUGGCUCGACACAAUCAGCUGAUGAGGGCUAUGGAAAUAUCAGUCCCACAGAGCCCGUGGAGCCUGCAGAACCUACAGACCUUGCAGAGCCUACAGAGACGAUAGAGCCUAUAGACCCCCCGGAGCUUCCAGAGCGAUCCCCAGACUUCUCGCAGUAUGAUCAAUUGCCUCGAAUCCCACCCCCUACCGAACCUCUCAAAAUAGGAGAUCAAUUUGAUGUCGAAAAAGUUAUCGGCGCUAUUCAAAGCGGUUAUCCGGCGACACAGUUGCGAGAUUAUCUGAGCUACUACCAUAAGGCAGAGACAAGUCUCCUGAAAGAACAUCUUAACGCGGAGAUCAAGGGAUUCCCGGCAACAUUCUUUGUCGCCGAGACCAACGAUGCGGAACUUAUUCGAUAUUGGAUCAAGUAUGGUGGUGAUCCGAAUGCCACCCACGGACCUCUUAGCUUUCCCUUACUAGCCUUUGCCAUCAUCCGCGGCACCCGCUCACGAUCGCAAGCGACGAAAACCACCGAGACGCUUCUCAGACUCGGCGCAUCGCCUCACGCUAUCCCGACAGCGUAUUAUAAGCAGUUCGAUCGUGAUCUUCCAGACUCCGGGCCCGAUGAUGAAGAUUUGUACGUCAUCGCGGAUGGUGACAAGCUAUGGCACACACCAGAAGUUCGACCACGGCUCGUUGCCGCGUUGAGCCUAACUCAGCGUUAUCGACUCUGGCAAGCAUCUGAAACGGGAUUGGCAUCCGGCCGUGAACGAACUCUAGCUAUCCGAAAGGAUGCCGUAGAAAUACUAGGGCUGCAACAAACCAUUAUCGGGCAGAGACUGGCGACAUGGACCUUGAGGAAGAGCUUUCUUGUACACCUCGCUAUGCCGCGCAAGAAGCCGCUGGUCCUUCUUUUUGCAGGACCUAAAGGACAUGGCAAACAUACUCUUGCGAACCGACUAGGAGACCUUUUAUCGGUAGAACUCGGAGAGAUCGACUAUAGUGGUCUCAAAUCGGACGAGAACAGCGACCUGGGAUCACCUUUGAAUAACUUCCUCGCCAGGAAAACCAAGCAACGAAGUAUUGUUUACCUCAACGAGUUUGGGAAGACAACUGGGGAGAUCCACAAAGCGCUUCUAUCUCCCUUUGACCAAGGAGAGUACACAGAUCGGAGCGGGCAGAAAGUCGACUGUUCCCAGACAAUCUGGGUUCUGGCAACAAACAAGUUCGACAACACUAUCUCGGAUUUCUGUCAGGCCAAUAGCAAGCUCUUAUACGACUCUGACAUGCGAUCGGAGCAGUACAACCUCAGGAGACAGCUUCACCGUCGUCUUCGCGACGAGUGCAUAAGCAGCUUCGGAGCUCCGUUGGCUAGUCGGAUUACCGAAAUCGUCCCGUUCCUGACAUUCGACUUGGAAGAGCAAGCUCUCAUCGCGGAUAAGUAUAUCAUGGAGCUUGAGACAGAAAUUGCGGGGCCGGUCAGUCAGUCAGCAGACCCGGAUGAGGACAAACUGGUUGGCAAUGUUCGAUUGCAGAUCAAGAACAACGCCAACGUCUGCUCUAUAAUCGCACGGGAAAGCUAUCUGCCCGAGCUCGGAGCUAAGAGCAUAUCUCACGGUGUUGAUGCGACCAUUGCAAACCAAGUAAUAAGUCGGUAUUUGGAAGAAGGCGACGACUUCAGCGAAGAUCAAGCUGAAACCAAGUUCAAGGUCGGGAUGAACGAGGAUAAUGAAGUGGAGGUGUCGGCCUUUGGCGAGGGAACUAAUGGUCACUUACUAGGACCGAGAUAUCCUUGGUAAGACUGUGGUUAAUUGUAUCGGUAUGAGGGGUAAUGGCUGGUGAUGAGUGGAUUCGAUUCGAUCUUGUAGUUUUUUCUUUUUCUUUUUUUCUUCAUUUACACGUACAGAUACGGUUUGGUGUAUGAUGUACCUGUACCUUACAUGUUAUACAAAACACAAAAGGAGGAUGAUGAUUGAUGAGGAAAAGAUAAGAUUUACCUAAUGCAGGCACAAGAUUCGCGGUCCGUGCAUACAUGGGUGGUUUCCUUCACAUGCCAGAUGGGAGCUUCUUCCGUGCCUUCGAUGCUGUCAAAGUGCAUCUCAUGACGUAAUUGACAAG